AUGAUACCAAAUACUCCGACUCUGCUUCCAAAGUCCACUCACUUAUAUCAGUCCAUGCCCGUUGCGAUGACAAAGAUGAAUUCAUGUUAUGUCGAUGAAUCAGUGUCGGUGGAAAUAAACACAAAUGGAAGAACGACUAGUAAAGUAGUCCGUCAAUCGAUCAAACAACAAGAAGUCGACGAAAUGUGGCUGGCGGAAAUGUUCGAAGGAACUUGUUUCAAAAUUAUGGUCAAAGUCAAUUGGCGGGGUCCGAAGGCUGGCUUAGGGAACCUCUUUGGGAAAUCUUUAGGUUUUUCGCUUAGGCAAAUUUAG